GUUAAAGAAGCCAAUCCGAUCCAGGUGCGAAAGCCUGUCUUGUCGCUUUUCCUUCAUUCUGAAAAGUCAUUGUACGCUUGUCGCAAAUUUCCGACUUCAUCGUUUCUGGACUCGCUGGGUCGCCGGAACCCCACCAAACCGCCAAGAUGAGUAUCAUGUCGUAUAACGGAGGCGUCGUGAUCGCCAUGAAGGGCAAAGAGUGCAUCGCCAUCGCGGCAGACCGGCGCCUGGGCGCAAGGGGCCACACGAUCGCCCUGGACUUCCAGCGCAUCUUCGAGAUGGGCCCAAAGCUCUACUGCGGCCUCUCCGGCCUCGCCACCGACGUCCAGACGGUCUCGCAGCGACUGAAGUUCCGGAUCAACAUGUACGAGCUCCGCGAGGGCCGACGCAUCAAGCCCAAGACGUUCUCGUCGGUCGUGUCUAACAUUCUGUACGAGCGCCGCUUCGGCCCGUACUUCACGGAGGCCCUCAUCGCUGGUUUGGACCCGAUAACGAACGAACCCUACAUCGCAUCCACGGACCUGAUCGGCUGCAUCAGCGAACCCGAGGACUUCGUCGUUUCGGGGACGUGCGAAGAGCAGUGCUUCGGCAUGUGCGAGGCGCUCUGGGAGCCCGACCUGGGUCCCGACGAGCUCUUUGAAGUCAUCUCGCAGGCGCUCGUAAACGCUUUCGACAGAGACGCCAGCUCUGGUUGGGGCGGCGUGGUCCACAUCGUCGAGAAGGACAAGGUGACAACCAAGUACCUCAAGACCCGGAUGGACUAAGCUUGUUUUUUUUUUUUUAUUGCGUUUUCCUUGUACCGCCUGCUGCCUACCCUUCGAAUAAAGUGAAUCAGAUUCUUUUUUUUUUGCAUUGGCGGAGGUCA